AUGGCUACCUCGUACCAAGACCGUUGCGCCCAAAAGCGCGCCGAUCAGCACUCCCUCAUCCUCCCAGAAUGGCGCUUAGAUCCCAUUCCAUCCAUAGAAUCCGCCCCAAACGCACUGGCUUAUCUGCGCCAGAUCCUAAGCCCCGAAGAGCUGGCACUCACAGAAGAGACAGAUAUCGCAGUCCUUCUGCGCAAACUCGCAUCCGGAGCACUCUCCUCCCUCCAUCUAACACGAGUCUUCGCCAAACGCGCCGCCCUCGCCCACCAACUCACAACAUGCUGCACGGAGAUUUUCUUCGAAGAGGCCUUCGCCGUAGCCCAGGAACUGGAUGACCACCUCGCCAAAACAGGACAGCCAAUCGGUCCCCUCCACGGAUUACCAGUAUCCAUCAAAGACCUAUUCUCCGUUCAAGGAGUAGACACUUCGAUCGGCUGGGUCGGACUAACCAACAACCCCGCAACGGCGGACAAAUCCGUCGCGCGAACCCUGCGCCGUCUCGGCGCCGUGCUGUACGUAAAGACCAACCUGCCUCAAUCAAUGAUGAUGUCAGACUCGUACAACCACGUCUUUGGCCAAUGCGUGAACCCGCUCAACCGCGCCCUGAUCUCUGGUGGGAGCUCUGGCGGCGAGGGCUCGAUCGUCGCGGCUCGCGGCAGCGUGCUGGGUAUCGGUACGGAUCUGGGUGGCUCGAUUCGCAUUCCCGCGGCGCUUUGUGGGAUUUAUGGAUUGUCGCCUACUCCUGGGAGACAUCCGUAUGAGCGGGGGAAUCCUGGACAGGAUAUAGUUCGCUCGGUUGCUGGGCCUAUGGCCUCACGUUGCGCCGGUUCCGUGGAGGACGCAGUUGGCGGCUCCUGGGGGAAGCGAUUGAAGAUUGGGUUUUUGGUUGAUGACGGGGUUGUGAAGGUUCAGCCACCGAUUGCGAGGGCUAUGAGGGAGGUUAUUGAGGCGCUUGAAGCGGCGGGUCAUGAGGGUAUGCAAUUUGCGAACCCUGUUCCAAAUAAUCUUGGGUAUUUACUGAUAGUUCUUCCAGUCUUCGAAUGGGAUGGCUCCUCGCAUAGCUAUGCGUAUGCUCUCUGGGCAAAAGCUAUCUUCUCGGAUGGCGGCGAGGGCUGUCGCAAGAAGAUCGAAUUAACAGGCGAGCCGCUUGUUGAGGGUAUGCUCGUUGGAAAGCCGGAGGAUACUUUGACGACUAGUGAAACGCACCAGCUCAAUGCAGAUAAGUACAACUAUGAAUCGGAAUACCUCGAUAAAUGGAUGGACUCGGGAAUGGAUGCGUUGAUCAUGCCCAAUACUGCGUGGGUGGGAUAUAGGCCGUGGACGUGGGUCAAGUCCAGUGCAUAUGUGGGAUAUACGAGUAUUUGGAACUUGCUUGGCUAUGCUGCAUUGGCAGUGCCUAUUACUACUGUCUCGAGAGAGAAGGAUGUUCCCGGUCAAGAGUGGCUGGCUCAUGUUCCCAGGAAUGACAGUGAUAAGUUCAAUCAGCAGCAAUGUGAGUCUCUUCUCGCUUCGUGGAUUCCAUUUAAAUUGCUGAUUUGUGCUUUAGAUGAUAUCAACCUGGUGGAGGGCAUGCCUGUCGGGAUACAGGUUGUCGGUGGCCGGUUUGGUGAAGAGAAAUGCGUUGCUGUGGCCAAGGCAAUCGAACUGGCGAUGCAGACGCCGAUGGUGGCUCGGGCUAGUCUUUGA